ACCUACGGGUUAGGAAAACAUUUCUUGGAUGGAGUCAUUGGGAUUUAGUGGAUGAAGGCAAAGGAAAUAAAAGCAGGCAUCUGUGCAAACAGAGGUAUGAACUGCUUAAGGUGAGAUCUAUAAAACAGUCUGAGGAAAGAGUGAGAGACAAUAGAGGAUAUACUCAAAUAUGUGAAUACAGAUAGUUAAACUGCAUCCAUUACAAAUGUGGGAGUGCUUUAAUGUGUGUUUGUGUGUGUAUACAAGCAUGAGUGGCUGAAGCAAGCAUAUAUCCCUCCUUUCUCACAUUCCAAGUGGCUGGAGUGAGCUGUGACUGAUCAUCGCUGAAAGCGGUGUGGUCUGAAAAAACACAGGCGAGGAGGGAGGGUCUCGUACACACACGCUCUGCACACACACGGGAUCACAAGCACAGCAGAGAGUGGGACAUUUCUGUCCCUGAUGCGGCAGCAGGAGCGCUAAGCGGGAAGAGGAAUAUAAAGGCUUUGGGAGCAGGAGGGAGAGAGCAGGGAAGCAUAUGUGGAACUCCGGUGGGCUUGAGGAGUCUAAAGCUGUUGGGGCCUGAGAUCAGUGCCAUGGGGAACUCAAACAGCAAGAAGAAAACCCAGGCCAACCUUACCAGCAGUCGCCGCACUAGCAGAGUAAAGUCAAUCUGGCACUUUAGACAUGUGGAUAAAUUCAAAACAGGCCAAAAGCAAGAUGAACAAAGAAAGCUGACUGUACAUUACACGGCUUCCCAGCACUACCAGGAGAAUGUGUUCAUAGAAGGGAGCAGGCCACAGUACCUGGAAGACCUGCAUACAGAGGCUCAGGAGGGACUGAAGAUACUACAACAGGAGGAGCACAAAAAUGGGGUGGACUUUCAGGAUGAUCAGACUGUGCCAGAGGAAGACACAAGCUCAAAAGAAAGAGAUGAAUCACUUGAGACUGAUAGCACUGCUGAGCAAUCUGUCAUUUCAGUGUCGACUGUCUCAGCAGUCUCCUCGCAUCCAGUGCUUACACGUCAAGGUUCUACAUUUAAGCCCUUGAACCCAGUUAAACGACUGGACAAGACCAAGAGGAGAAGUAGAAGAACGACUAUCAUGGGCAUACCACAGCAAGUUCAAAAAGAAUUGGAUAUGGCAAGAGGAACUAUACUGCAGCAGCUUCCAAACAGAGAACGUGAUGAAGAUGAUUCAUCUGGCACAGUUGUCAUUCCAACAAUUGAUGGAGAGCUCCCUUUAGUAAAUCAGGAAGGGGCUCGUGUACACCUGCAGAACAUUGAGGUCCUUCAGACAUCAAGAGAUGAGGAGUUCCUAAGAAACCACAUCCAUUCUGUCUAUCAAGAUGAGUUAAACCGAAAGCUUGGGCUAGGAGCAUGCCCUACGCAGAGGCCUAAGUCUCUUGCUGUGCCUGGGAUGACCACUUCCUCUUUCCUGCAUGAGCCUCAAGGUCCCGUUAUGUCUAUUUCACCACAGGCAACGUAUUUAUCCAAAAUUAUUCCAAAUGCAAUUCUGCCUGCUGCAAUAGAUAUCAUUGAAAUUAAUCAUGAUCACAGCCGGCGCAGUGCCAGUACAGUCAGCAAGAGCAGUUUAGCAUCAGCUAGCCCAGCUUCUUCACGGUCUGGAGGUGGGACAAAUCAAGGUCCACUUACCGCUAGCUCCAUCAAGAGCCAUUCGCAAUCAUCUGAGACUGUCGUCUCCAACUCCUCUACAAUCUCUUCAAAAGGAAGGUGUCUACCAACCUUUGUUGCUGACAACACCAAAGAAGUUUCAGAUUUAAUCCCAAAGGACAUGAGUGUUACAAGCUCAAGCAGUAAAGAUACAAAUCACAGACUAGAACAAAAGGAGUUGGGUGAUGCAGGGGACAAUGUUAGAAACAGCCAAUCGUUCUCUCGUAGUCUCUCUGUAAUGAAGACAAAACUACCACCAGCGCCACCUCAGAGAACCUAUUCCCUGCACCAUGAAAAACUUAAGCGAAGAUCAAGGGAGCGGGUAGACAUAAAAGAUCUCAAAGAUAUGGCACCAAAUGAUGAGCAAACAGGUAGAGAUCUCAGCAGUACAAAAGAAGAUCAUCAGUCCACCAAAAACGAGAAGAGUGCUGUCCAUUCUUCUGUGCUCAGCUCAUUUAGAGAUUUCCAGACAUCUGUGGAAUCUAGCCCACUUAGUCCUGAUCAAGCAUUUACUGGAAGUCAUGUCAGAUUAAGUAACUCAUCUCCAAAGAAAACUGGAGAAUCGGGUGAAAACAAAUUUGAUAGGACUUUGUCUCCUUCAAGUGGAUACUCAAGUCAAAGUGGGACACCUACGCAUUCCCCUAAAGAGGUUAGUCCCUCCUCACCUGGAAAGAGAAGAGUUAAGCCUUCAAAACCAGAGAGAGCAGGUGUACAGAGCUCACCGGUGGUUUCAGUCUCUUCGUCAAUGACAUCUCUGUCUUCAGUCACAUCAGAUACAGUGCAUCAGGACAUUCAAACCAACACCACUCCAUCAGAGCCACUGAAGUGCUCCCCUCCGCUUACAACAGUGAAAAACAAGGUGACACCUACACACCCAACUACUGCUCUUAGGGAACUCUUUAACAUUCCCCCUCCACCCAAGGUAAAAGCCCCAUCUCCCCCACCCCCUGAAACUUGGAUUCACAAUAAACGCACACUUGAACUAUUAUGUGGCCCAGGUCCAAACCCUCAUAAGUUACAUCAGCUUCAAAAACAGCAAAAAAAGUCAUCAAUAGGUAAAAAUCAAAACACAAAGUCAAUGCAAAUCCUUGAACAAAUGGUCCCAAAGACACAGACAACAGAAGAAAUAAAGACUGGGACUCAAGUGGAGAACAAAGAAGCUGUAAAAGAACAAAAUGAGUCCAUGUCAAUACAAGUGCUUGAACAAACAUCGGCAGAACCUCCAGAUGUGAGGCAUAAUGGAAGCUCAACAUUACAUAAUGAACUAGAAAGUCCAGAAACUCUUGCAGAGGUCAACCAGAUGAUUUGUUUAAAAGAGGAGAAAACUGUAGAGGACCAAAAGGAAAGAGGAAGUCAAACCCUCCCUACAACGAAGGUACCAACUAUCAAAGUUGAUCAAAGUAUGCUGUCACAAACAAACUGUGAAGUCAAAACAAAUGGUGAAAUUGUGAGCACAUCUCUCCCCAAAAAUGACGAAGCCAAUGAGGAGAUCCAAAAAAACGACCAUGUUAAGGGCAUUUUGAAUCAUAAACCAAUGCAAACUCUUGGUAUAGAAGUACCUGAUGUCAAUGGCAUUUCUCCACCUCCUUCUCCACCUCCAGAACACCACCCUCCUCCACCACCUACUAAAAAGAUGUCAGCCUCUUCAGUGUCUAUACCACCAUCUAAAGAGGAAGAGGAACAGAAGCAAGAAACAGAGGGACAGAAGCAAGAAACAGAGGAACAGAAGCAAGAAACAGAGGAACAGGUGACUCUUCUGGAGUCUUCUUGGCCUCCACCACCACCACCAAUGGAAGAGUCUACUGACUUGAUGUUUGAGGAACAAGAUGAACUUGACUUCCCCCCACCACCUCCUUCGUUCGUACAUGAACCCCUUUCAAAGAUAUCUGUCAAUUGCCACGAAGAAUCAUGUGAACAGCAAGCCAAUACAGAAUUGGUGUCAUCUAACGCCUCAGAUAUGAACAGCAGUCCAGACCAAAACUCAGAAAUACAUACCAAUCUCCCAAAAAGAAUUGUACAAAAUGGUAUGGAGAAUAGACAACAAGAUAAGCCUUGUAAUAACGCCUCAGACUUCUCGGUGGACCAAGUUGGCAUGGAAAACACAACCGUAGCCUCUCCUAAAAUGUCCUUUUUAUUACCAGAUGAACUUGUACAAGGGGAAGAUUCAUCAGAGCAUGCAUCACCUGAUACCCAAGCAGAUUCCAAUGUGCUGCUUGCACCUCCGCUUCCAGUGGAAAACCAAUCUAUUGUUAACUCACGAAGGCAACUGGGCCUUUUAAACAAAGACAACCGGAGCAAAGAACUGUUGUGUCGCAACAAAAGCACACCUAUUCCAAAGGAAGAUGCCAACAUUCCACUUGUCACACCUUCCUUGCUUCAAAUGGUGCGACUACGAUCUGUAAAUGUCGGGGAAGAUAACAAUGAUAGCAAACCAAGUACUGAGACCACAACAAAUGAGGAUCACAGUAUUACUAGUCAAGCAACACCACAAAAGCCCAUUCGCAAAUCCUUGGCUUUGAAGUCCAACUCACCUGCUAAGUCAUCUCCUGCUCCAGCUACAGUCCCAUCCAUGUGUCUUCAGGAGGCUAUACGUAUGAAGACAGCUGCUAUGUCCUCCAGUGGAGUACCUGCAAUGCUAAAUCUACGCUUAUCCUCAGCUAGCAGUGCUAGUUCACCUGUGCCAUCCCCUAAAACACCAGACGGCUCUGACUUACAUAGCUCCCCUGCAUCUACAGCCAGUUUUAUAUUCUCCAAAAGCACAAAAAAAGUUAUCAUUGAAACACCUACUUCGCCUGAGGUCCAAGCAAGCCUCAGACAGAGUCUUGCAGCUGAGAUAAUGCAGGUUUCUGACCAAGCCAAGACGAUGAUUACAAAUGGAACAAAAAAGCCAAUUAAGGUGCCGCCACCUGUUGCUAAGAAACCAGUGCAUGGAACAAAUCCUCCCAACAAGAUGGAGACUGCAACACCGGAUAAGACAGAGAUCUUGACAAGUAAACAAAUAAUGAGGGUUGAAGUUAAUGGGCAAAGUGAUCCAGUGCAUCCUGCUGGCCAGCGAGCACAAUCAUUAGGCAGCCAGGAGCAAGCAAGAAGUACAGACACUGCAUGUUGAAGAGUCAUGGUAUAUGAGUUGAGUUUUGAUUGGACUGUUUAGUCACAGUCUGGCAAAGACAAGAGGACAAAGCAAGUGAUAAAAGCCCAAGUGAGAUUGCGAUCAAGGAUCCAUGGAUACCACAACUGUCUUAAAAGCCUUAGCCUGAUAAUGGCCUUCAAAUGUAUGCAAAAAGCUUUUCCCCCCAAUCCAUUUUAUAAAACAGCUUUAUUAAAACUUUCAAGUAUUUUUCUAAAUGAGUUUCUGUGCUCUGGAAAAGUUACUUUUAGUUUAUUUUGGACUUAUCAAAGCUAAUGACUGCAAGAUUGAACUGACAUCUAGUGGUCACUAGUGGUAGUAAUCACUGCUUGGCGCAAAAAGGUCAACUCCUGUGUUAUAAUUUUCUGACAUAUCCAAAUAUGUUCAAGCACAGAGAUUGAUUGCUAGCUUUUAAUGAAAGAAGCUGAUUCUACUACAGUUUUUGAAAGUUUUAGUGCUACUGCAAUCAGCUUUCAGCAAAUAUGUAUACAGUACAUGUACAGAACUGUCUGUUACCUUUAUGAAUUCUGAAGUAUGCUGACCAUUUACUUUUCAUUAAAGCACUUUGUAAGCUAAAUGCUGCAUUUCUGUUGGAACCAGCAAACUAGUAAGAGUAUUGAUUGAUGGUCCCUCUAAAUUUGAUGUAAAAAUAUAUAUACAUAUAUUUUAGUGGCUAUUUACUUCCAAGGGGGUGAAUAGAAUUACUACACUGUUUUAAAAAUAAAUAUGCAUUAAAAGAUAUUUAUAGAUUUA